AUGCCCUCCCAGCGCAGACCCAUCUAUCUCAAUCCCGCCCCGACCACCGCCUCGGGGGUGCCGUCGGCGUCGGCGUCGGUGCAGGCCUUCCACGAGAGCUUCCCCGGGUAUGCGGCCAGCCCCCUGGUGGCGCUGCCCACCAUCGCCCACGAGCUGGGCGUCCGCGCCGUGUAUGUCAAGCAGGAGAGCGACCGAUUCGGACUGCCCGCGUUCAAGGUGCUGGGGGCCUCGUGGGCCAUCUACCGCGCCGUGACCACGGCUCUGGGGCAGCCCUCAGACACGCCUCUGGUGGCCCUGGUCAAUGGCAUCCGGACAGGGGCUGCGGCAGGCGCUGCCCUGACUCUGAUCGCCGCCACGGAGGGUAAUCACGGGCGCGCCGUGGCGCGUGUCGCCCAGCAGAUGGGGCUGCGGUGUCGCAUCUACGUGCCGCACACGAUGCACGAGUACACCCGGCAGAUGAUCCGGUCGGAAGGCGCCGACCUCGAGGUGGUCGACGGGGACUACGAUCGGGCCGUGCAGACCGCGGCGACGGCAGCGACAGCGGCCCCGGCGGCCCCGGAGGGGGCGCCAAACAUUCUAAUCCAAGAUACGGCAUUUGCGGGCUACGAGGAGAUCCCGGGAUGGAUCGUCGAGGGCUAUUCCACCCUGCUGCGCGAGGCGGACGCCCAGCUUCACGCCGUGGGCCUGCAGAGCACCCUCGUCGUGGCCCCCGUCGGGGUGGGUUCCUUUGCCCACGCGGUGGCGGCCUCCUCCAAAUCGCGUGAAUCCCCGGCCGCCGUCGUGACAGUCGAGCCCGAUACCGCCGCGACUCUGACCACCAGCCUGCGACGGGGGGUGCCCACCUCGGUGGCCACCAGCCCCAGCAUCAUGGCGGGGAUGAACUGUGGCACCGUGUCGACCACCGCCUGGCCGCAGCUGCACCAGCUGGUCGACGCGAGUGUUACCGUGUCCGACUGGGAGAGUCACUGCGCGGUGCAGCAGCUGGCCGCCCAGUCCGUGGACUCGGGACCCUGUGGGGCGGCCAGUCUCGCGGCCAUCCGCCGUCUGAAGGCCGAGCACGAUACGGAGAGGUUUUUCGCGCCGGACUCGGUCAUCCUGCUCCUCAGCACCGAAGGGCCCCGUCCCUACGCGGUGCCGGUGGAUGUCUCCCCGGAUGAUCCGGUGGAACUGACCCAAGUGCUCACCCGCAUCAACUCGUCGAAUCCCACCCUGUCUCAGUCCGAGGGGGCGGGGGAAACGGCCAUCGUGAACUACCUAUCCGCCUGCCUGACCACCUACGAAGGGGACGCACUAUCGGGCCAUCAAGGGAUGAAGGACGGCGAAGAGGUGGUAUUUGGCCGCGGCGCCCUCGACAUGAAGGCGGGACUGGCGGCGGGGCUGUCGGCGCUGCUGGUGGCCCAGAGGACGCCUCUGUCGGGGGACGUGCUGGUGGCGGCGGUGGCGGACGAGGAAGACAGCUCCCAGGGGGACGACGGAUGGACGGGCCCCCGAACACCCUCUAAUCCAGCAGCUCGUGGCCUUGGGCACGGACGUGAUGGGGCAUGCGCCAGCGUCCCGUUCUGGUGCGAUGCGGCGCUGCUGACGGCGGCGGGGAUCCCCAGCAUCGUCUUCGGGCCGUCGGGGGGUGGCUUGCACGCGAAGGAGGAAUGGGUCACGGUCGACAACAUCCGCGCGGUGACGGGCGUUCUGGGGCGGCUCAUCCGGCAAUUCUGCCCGUGA